CAAAUCCGCGCGACCGUGUCCAAUAUCUGAGGAUAUAUAAACCCGUAUCAUGCUCGAUCAUUCCCCAUCGUUUCUCUCUUUCCACCAAUACAACCUUCUCGCGACCCCCUUUCCUUCCUUUUUAGCGUACCGCCUUUUGCCGCCAUGUUCUCCACCGUACACCUCGUCGUUCUCACUGCCUACCCUGCCGUUCUCGCCAUUCUCCUCACCUUCAUCGUCUAUGCCAUCCUCCGCGCCAUCUACAACGUCUUCUUGUCCCCUCUCAGCACUAUCCCUGGCCCGUGGUAUGCUGCCGUCUCUGACUUUUGGCUCACGACCCAUGUCGUUAGGCUUGAGCAAUGCAAAGUAGUCCACUCGCUGUUCGAAAAGUACGGUCCUGUCGUUCGCGUUGGCCCCAACAAAGUCUUCUUCAACGACCUCUCUUCCACCCGUAACGUUUACUCUAUUCACAAAUUCGAUAAAAGCGACUAUUACAAGAGUCUCCUCACUAACGAAAACGAUCAUGCGAUGACCACCCUCGAACAUGCCCCCCAUUCCAUGCGCCGUAAAGGAUAUGCUCCUCAUUACAAUCCAGUAAACCUCGCCCGGUUCCAACCCGAAAUGCAUGAGCCAACUUUGGAACUCGUCAACCACCUCGAGAAGCUAGAUGGAAAAUCGCCUCUCGAAUGUCUAGCCCUCUUCCGUAACCUCAUGGUCGAAGUCAUCGUUUCUACCUCCUAUGGUUACCGUCUCGGUGCAGUUCACAAGUUGGCUCUUGAAGCCGAAGACCCGUUAUCUGUUGCAAUCAGCGAUUUCCCCAAACGUGGUAUCUUGCGAAGUGUCGUCCCGACUUGGGCCUGGAAGUUUGUGUGCCGCAUUCCCAAUGCCAGGUGGCGGCAGAUGUGCGACUCUGACAAAAUCAUGGCCGAGUUCGUUAGCGAAAGGGUAUAUCAAACUCGCGCUCAGAUGACCUCUACGGAGAAGACGGAUUACUCUGAUGAGAAGGUUCCGAUGCUCCACCGGCUACUGAACUACCGCUACUCUACGACGAAUGAGAACAUGCCUGACAACGAUAUCAUUUCCGAACAUAUGGGUCAUAUGAUCGCUGGCUCGGAUACAACCUCCACCUCGUUAUCAUACUUCUUGUGGGAGCUUACUCGCCGUCCGGACAUCGCGAAGAAGCUUCAGGCUGAACUCGACGAAGUUAUGCACGAUCCCAGGGUAAUCCCCGACAUCUCUGUCUUGCAGGAACUGCCCUAUCUUAAUGCAUUUAUCAAAGAAGGUUUGAGGGUAUAUUCCGCGGUUCCUAGUCCUCUUGAGCGUGUUGUUCCGUCUUCGUCUUCCAAGUCUGGAGCAGCCAACGAGUCCUUUGACCUGAUGGGUUUCGAAGUCCCUCCCGGAACGAUCGUUGCCACCCAAGCAUGGUCCAUGCAUCGUAACCCCUCUGUCUUCCCUUCUCCCGAGACUUUUAUGCCCGAACGAUGGUUAGAAACGGAAGCACCAGGCACCUCGGAGCGUAUCGCUAGAAUGAUGCAAUAUUUAAUGCCUUUCGGCACUGGCACUCGUGUGUGUGGUGGACAGAACGUCGCCCAGAUGAUGAUGAAAAUUGUCAUCGCCACUAUCGUUAGGAACUUCGAUGUUGUUGCGGCUGCCGAAACGAACGACCAGAGUAUGGAGAUCAAGGACAGUUUCGUGAUCUUCCCCUCCGCCAUGGAGUGUAAGCUCAUCUUCACCCCUCGCACAUUGUGAACGGGUAACCUUUACCAAAUUCCGCAUUUUUUCUUCUUCUUCCUUUCUUGUACAUCACUCGGCUUUCAUUUGCGUUCUUAUGUGUUUGUUUUCUGUUAUCGACGCUCUUUUUAUUGCUAUCGAUGUUGUUCCCUUGGCUCGAUACUUACCUUAUCCCGAUACCGUCAAUUCAGGCAUUAUACCCUCCGAAGCCUACGAGACCAAUUGUCGAUUCUACCUCUGCGUCGCUUACCCUCCCUCGCUGCCCACAUCCCCCGUCACACUAUCCCCGUAUCUUAUCGCAUGGUUAAAACACCGCUCCCUAGACCACCACUACCUUACGCUCAUGAUGCUCUGCGCCAUACUAAUAGAGGUGGGGUCGAGGUGUCUUGUAACGAUUUAUUUUUCUCUUGGUCCCCCUUGCCCUUUUCUUCACUUAUGAACCUUCCUACUAUUGUGGGAAUUAAUCGGGCGGUCUCUGAAGAUGCCAUCGACUGUCCUCACCUUUUCUAUUUGAUGUAGCUUUUUUAUAUUCGUUUAUGAAUGUAGCUGAGUUCUAGAUCAUCUCUUUAUCCCUCGAGAUCUUGUAGGGUAUAUUACUUGACAUCGAAUGUAAACUUUGAAUUUGAAGCUCAACCUCAAAUGGGAUGAAUCUAGC